AUAUUUUGGCCCGCAGCAAAGGAAAAAGUGGAUUUAUGUAAACUAGCCGGGAAAGAUGCCCAUACAGAAUGUGCCAACUUUAUCAGAGUCCUUCAGCCCUACAACAAGACUCAUGUUUAUGUCUGCGGUACAGGAGCUUUUCACCCAGUCUGUGGCUACAUUGAGCUUGGAACACACAAAGAGGAUGUCACGUUCAGAUUUAAUUCUCACAACUUGGAAUCUGGCAGACUGAAAUGUCCCUUUGACCCUCAGCAGCCUUUUGCAUCUGUCAUGGCAGAUGGGUAUCUUUACUCUGGAACUGCUUCGGAUUUCCUUGGCAAAGACACGGCGCUGAGCCGAUCUCUAGGCACAUCGCAAGACCAACACUGCAUCAGGACAGACAUGUCUGAACACUACUGGCUAAACGGAGCGAAGUUUAUUGGAAUCUUUCCUAUCCCAGACACGUAUAAUCCAGACGAUGACAAAAUCUAUUUCUUUUUCCGAGAAGUUUCCCAAGAGAGCAGCACCUCCGACAGGGCCAUUCUGUCCUACGUGGGCCGCGUCUGCAAG